AGGUCCGUCAUGCCUUCUUGAAGACUGUGAUUCUGCUGUAACAUCCAACGUGAUAGCUUGGAUUUUGCAGUGCCACUGCAGGUUUGUGCUGUUGCCUCCUAGCUUAGAAUGGUUUCUACCAAGAGGAAGGUUGGUGGCAGUGCCAUCCUUUCCUGCAGCUGUCCUGAUUAUACAACUUGCCCUACCUGAGCAAGACUUGGGAGCUGGUGAACCUUGCGCAGGCUUUCAGGGCAUGGCCUGGUCUGGGGAUGAAUGGGAUGGAGCCACAGCAGAACGGAUCUGGCAAUCGGAGUGAGCAGGGACCCACCAUCUUUCCAUACUCACCUCUGGCCACAACUCUCAUCCUUGUGGCAGGACUGACUGUGGCUCUUGUGACAUUUAUGGGGAAUGUGCUGGUGGUAUUAGCUGUGUACACUAGCCGUGCCCUUCGGGCCCCACAGAAUCUCUUCCUGGUGUCUAUGGCUACAGCUGAUAUCCUGGUAGCCACCCUCAUUAUCCCGUUUUCCUUGGCCAAUGAGAUCAUGGGCUACUGGUGUUUUGGGGGUCUUUGGUGCAGUUUCUACUUGUCGCUGGAUGUCCUGUUCUGUACCUCCUCCAUCAUGCAUCUGUGUGCCAUCAGCUUAGAUCGCUACUGGGCAGUCACCCGAGCUGCCCGCUACAAUCUGAAAAGGAACCCCCAGAGGGUCAAAUGUAUGAUUGGGGUUGUCUGGGCCAUUGCUGCGGUUGUAUCCCUGCCACCACUGUUUAAGUCCAGGCAGCAGGACCAGGUCUGCCUCCUGCAUGAUGACACUUGGUAUGUGCUGGCCUCUUGCACUGCUUCCUUCUAUGCCCCUUGUCUCAUCAUGGUUGCAGUCUAUUGCCGGAUUUAUCAUGUGGCCAAACACAGGAACUCCAUAGUCAUUGCAGCACGGCGGGUGUCCUAUCCCAACCUCAUCCCUGUGGCCAAGUACAAUCCCUGCAGACAGAGCACCCAGAGCACUCCUGGGGAAACGCAGAAGAUGGGGAUGGAGUCCGGCCACCUUCCUUGUCCCCAGCCUAGCUUGCCACGGCUCUCUCGGCAAUGGAGAGUAGAUGACGGUGGCAACAGCAGUGCUCGGCCACCAAGGACCCCAAGGCUUUCUUGGUCACUUCCCUCCAGUCCCCAUCAGCGCAGAAGCAGGGACAUGUCCCUCUCCACCAAUCGGCUGAUGCAGGCCCGGGAGCGCAGAUUCACCUUUGUCCUUUCUUUUAUCAUUGGAGCUUUUGUCCUCUGUUGGUUCCCGUUCUUCUUCACCUACAGCCUGGAAUCUGUGCUUGGAGAAGGCUGCUGCAUCUCUGAGCCUCUCUUCAAAUUCUUCUUCUGGAUUGGGUACUGCAAUAGCAGCUUCAACCCCAUCAUCUAUACGGUCUUUAACCGGGACUUCCGCAGAGCUUUCCAGCAACUCCUGUCCCCUGCCCACUCAUUCCUGUGCCGAAAAUGAGGACUCUGCUAGAGGGUUCCUGGAGCCCGAGAGAGGCACAAUGGAUAGGGGUCACACAACAUCCCCCAGGGGUCCCAGAGAAGGUAACUAGUGGAGGCUGGGGAGCUGAGUAUUUCUGCAGCUGCUUUUUAAUGAAGACUUCCCCACCCCAGACAUGCAUGUAGCUUGAAGGGCAGAAGUGCCACAAGAAGCAAGAUUUAUGAGACUCACUGGCAUACAGUUGGUUGGCGAGAGUCAGUUUCACACUCCUGCCUGUUUCUCUAGCUUGCUGUGGUUGCCUGAAUCUGUUGUUCAGCAAGCU